UCGCAUCUUAAUCAUUUGUAUAGUGCAACGCUCGCCGGAGGAACGUUUCCGGGCCCAAUCAUCACAGCCACAAAGGGAGAACGUUUCGAUAUAAAUGUCGUGAACAGACUCACUGACAGUGAAAUGCUUCUGAGCACCAGUGUGCACUGGCACGGAAUCAGGCAGAAUGGGACUAACUAUGCGGACGGUGUCUCGUUCGUUACUCAAUGUCCCAUUGCGCAAAAUCACUCCUUUCUGCACUCCUUCGAGGCACGGAAUCAGGCUGGGACAUUUUGGUAUCAUAGCCACUACUCUGUCCAACAGUGCGAUGGACUUCGCGGAGGUUUGAUCAUCUACGAUCCUGAAGACCCCCUAUCCUAUUUAUACGACGUUGACGACGAGACAACCGUCAUCACUCUUGCUGACUGGUACCAUGUGGUCGCCCCUGUUUUAAGCCAUAUAAUUGGCACCAAUGCCAACUCCACACUCAUUAACGGUCUCGGUAGAUUUGCAGGGGGACCCCAGAGUGAACUUGCGGUGGUUAGUGUCGAGUACGGGAAAAGAUACCGCCUACGCCUUAUAGCAAUGUCUUGUGAUCCCAACUUUACGUUCUCCAUUGACAACCAUAACAUGACGGUAAUCGAAGCGGACGGUGAACUGACUGAGCCCCUGCUCGUGGACUCGCUUCAGAUACUUGCUGGACAGCGAUAUUCUGUUGUGCUCGUCGCAAACCAACCAGUUGACAACUACUGGAUACGAGCAGUCUCAAGCACUCCAGGGUUGAACAACUUCGUCAACAACCAGAACUCCGCUAUCUUGCGAUACAAUGGUGCACCCGCUGUAGAGCCUACUACAGUCCAACCCACCAGUACCAACGGGCUCCUCGAGAGCAACUUGCAUGCACUCAUCAAUCCUGGUGCACCUGGGAUUCCAGGGUACGGAAAUGCAGACAUCAAUUUGGAGUUGGUGGUCAGCAGCAACGCUGGCAUAUAUUCGGUCAACGGCACACCAUGGGUCCCUCCCACGGUGCCCGUACUGCUCCAGAUCCUCAGCGGUGCACAGUCUGCAACCGAUCUCCUUCCGACAGGAAGUGUAAUUGUUCUAGGGCCUAACAAGGUCGUCGAAUUGACGAUGCCAGCUGUUGCUGUUGCCGGUCCUCAUCCGAUUCACCUUCACGGUCAUAGCUUUGAUGUUGUACAAAGCGCCGACAGCACUACUUUCAACUACGUCAAUCCCGUGCGUAGGGAUGUGGUAUCCAAUGGGCUCCCAGGCCAACAGAUGGUGAUUAGAUGGGUCACAGAUAACUCUGGCCCGUGGUUCCUACACUGUCACAUUGAUUGGCAUCUCGACGCUGGUUUCGCUAUAGUGAUGGCUGAAAGCCCUUCAGACACUCGGCAGCAUCUGGGCUAUAUACCCUAUGCAUGGGACAAACUUUGCCCGACAUUCGACUCGUUAACGCCAGCUCAGAUUGGAGCGCAGAAUUCAUAUCAGGAAGCAGCAAAUAUGACUACCAGUACAAAGCUAUUUCCCACUAGCAUAUAGUUAGCAUUUAAUACAAUCAACAAUCCUUUAUCAUGGCCCAUCCCAUGCAGGUCUCCGUAUUUGAUGCAAGCUGCUCACAGACUACGCCUGAUGUUGUAAUGAGCAAGCCACCGUGACAUGGAUCCAUACCGAGUGCAUGUUGGCGCCCACCCACUAGCCGU